UUUAUGUCUGCGUCACAACAAGUCGCUCAGAGAGAGACAGAGAGCGAGGAGGAGGAGGAGGAGGAGGAGGAGGAUGAAGAUGGCGUCUCUGGCGGCUCCAUAUACGCUGGCGCUCGCUCUGAAUUAAACGGCAAACGCGAUAGGUAGCGUUGAGGGGACGGGAAAAAAAACGAAAGGAGCUGCAAGCACGGCGGCGGAGGGCGCAUGCUAGCUUCCUAGUUGCUCUUCCUCCUCUUCCUCUUGACUGACACUUGCACGCAUGCACAGGCAGCCAGCGGUGACGAUGAUGAUGGUGAUGCACAUGCAGCCUGGCCGGGAAUCGGCGUGACCCCCACGGGAAAGGACGGAAGGAAGGAAUUAGGAAGGAAGGAGUCGGACUUGAGCGAAGGAUGGGGGGAGUGAGCGAGGGGGACGACGUGCUGGCCAGAUGGAGCGACGGGCUCCUCUACCUGGGCAACGUCAAGAGGGUAAGUGCGUGUGCGGGUUUUGUUUGUUGCCGUUGGAAGACCGCCGACCGGUGUCGAUCGCUGUUCGCCCGCAGGUCGACGGCGUCAAGCAGUGCUGCCUGGUGAGAUUCGAGGACAACUCCGAGUUCUGGGUCCUGAGGAAAGACAUCCACUCCUUCGCAGCCGGCGUGGAGGAAGUUUGCUGUAUCUGCGACGCCCCGCCUCUUAAAGAGCCCCUCGUAAAUUGUCUGAAAUGUCGCCACGGUUAUCACGCCGAGUGCCACACGCCCAGCAUCGAGCCCGAAGCUGACAGCGAAUCGUGGAUUUGUCGCCAGUGUGUCUUUGCUGUAGCAACCAAGAGAGGCGGUGCCAUCAAGCGUGGCCGCUUCGCCCGCCUCAUGCACUUCAUGAAGCUGCGGCUGCCCUAUCAGCUGAUGUCUUUGGACUGGGACGCGCAGCAUCUGUCCAAUCAGCAGCAGUGUUACUGCUACUGCGCCGGACCUGGAGAGUGGAACCUGAAGAUGCUUCAAUGUGGAAGCUGUGGCCAGUGGUUCCACGAGGCCUGCACUCAGUGUCUCAGCAAGCCUCUACUCUACGGGGACAGGUUUUAUCAGUUCCAGUGCUCAGUGUGUAAUAAAGGACCAGAGAGCGUCAAAAGACUUCCCAUGACCUGGGUGGACUUGGCCCACUUGGUGCUCUACCACCUGUCCCUGUGCUGCAAGAGGAAGUACUUUGAUUUCGACCAUGAAAUCUUGUCCUUCACCAACGAGAACUGGGACUCGUUGCUUCUGGGCGCGCUCUCCGACACGCCGAGGCAAGAACGAUGUCACAACCUCCUCAACGCACUCAACUCCCACAAGGAGCGGUUCGUCUCCGGGAAAGAAAUCAAGAAGAAGAAAUGUCUUUUCGGGCUCCAGGUCCGAGCCCCGCCGCCGCUGACGUCCGAUGCGUCGCCCCUCAUAACCGAGCCGCCCAUCAACAUCUCCCACCGCAGAAGCCCGCUGUCGCUGCCCUGCCAGAGGAGGUCGUCUGGGCCCGAGUCACGCAAGUCAAAGCGGCGCAUCGCGGAGACGCAGGCUUGUCCGCCCCCAGUUUUGUCCAACCCCAUGGAGCUGCUGCCUUGUUGCCAUGGCUACGUGGGAGGGGACGGCCUGUACACCCCCGGGAAGUCUGAGGAGGAAGUCCACCUGAGUUCUCCCCCGAAGCGGAUGUAUGCGCUGUACCACACGGCGUACAACAGAAACACGGCGCUCUCCAGAGGUCUCCAUCACUGUAACAGCAUGGAUGACAGCUGCAGAGUCCCCCCGCCCUGCUUCCCGUACCCCCUCGACUCCAGCGACCACAUCCACCACCCGCACCACCACCAGCCGGGACAGAAGCAGCCAGAACCCAUCCUGCUACGCGAUUUGCCGCCUCGGCCCCAGGCGGAUGCCGUCGGAGGCGGCGGCGUGGCCGGGAACGGGGCGGAAGACGGGACGCUUACCAGGAGCUGGGGCGGAGGCGAGGCGGUGAGAAUCCUGGCCAGACGGGUCACGCCGGACGGGAAGGUGCAAUACCUUGUGGAGUGGGACAACGUGGGCUUGUACUGAACUCCACGCACGGACUCUUUUGUAGUCGCCACGAGGAAACGCCGGCUUUAAGAUACUAAACGUGGAAAAGAUGGGGGGGGAAAAAUAGCACACGUCGCAAAAUCCAGGUUGCUCUCAUGGUACCGUCUCGAUCCCACGUCCUUUUAACCUCACGACUCUUGACUCUAUGUUCCUCUCGCUGGUGUUUCUUGGAUAUUUGUACUGUUAACUUUGGAAUAUGCCUUUGCAUCUGCCAUCUUUUACCAGGACGGGAUUGUGUUCAACCUCCAGCUGGUUCGUUUACGUCACAUCAAGCGGGGAGCUCGACUCUUAAGUUUUAUAUCAACCAACUGGUGGUCAAAAGCCAAACCUACUUUCGAAAGCUGAUUAUUUGGGCUCGCCUUGAGAUAUGAGAUGAAUUCAUUCUGUGACGCUUGUACCUCAAAUCAUUUUUCCUCAUUGACAUGCAUGGAAAUGCCCAAAAUUCGUGACAGCCUCCCUAGUAAAAAAAACCUAAACAUUUUUAUGUCUAAUGUUAAAAAAAACGCUAAAAUAUUGAGCUUUAUAGAAACAUACAGGAAUGACAUAAGUGGAAUGAAAACAAUGGAAUUUUGCCACACCUUGGCUUAAUAUUACUGCGCCAGUAAACCGCAGUAAUAUUAAUCGUUCUUUGCAGAGGAUAAAGCAUAUAUGCCUGUGAGUAUUAUUUUAUUAACUGUGUUUCUCCACCGUUUGUGUUCAAAUUAUCCGUUGCUUAAAGGGUCAUAAACCCACCACAUGGCUGUUAUUCGUUAACCCAUCAAUGGCGAGUCAGGUCACUCGUAUCUCAAGGCACCGCCGUAUUAGCGCUCGGACCUCACGGGUCAGAAGGUUUCUGUGAUGUUAAGAGGAGUUUUUGAAAGUCCGUUCAAGUUUGAAACCACUCGUGCUUAUCUUCCAUCACUUCACUAAAGUAGCGUUGACCUCAUUUGGUGUCCUCGGUUUUCCCAUGGAGCUCCGUUCCUACGGCGACGACGUAUCCCCGGUUUGUUGUAACGUGCCGUUAUGUAACAGAGUACUGUAGUAAAAGUUGGAAUGACAGUAAAUACUUGACUCACAAAAUGUUUGGGGUAUUGGGCUGAAAUUUCAGGAUAAACCUAAAAUGAACUAUAACCUUUACAGGUCAACUUGAUUUGACCUUGCGUAAAUGCACAUGUCCAAUUGUUCAAUGUUUCACUACUUUUGAACAAUUUUCAUGGCAAACUUCACAACAGGUGUUUGAGCCAUGAACACUUCCACUUCUAUGUCUUUCUGUGACUCUUCUAGUCUCUCUGUAGCAAGAUGCCGAUGACCCUCAGCAGUUCAGUAGCCCUUUCCGGACCCGUGAGGCCAAAAAUGUCAACAGCGUGAUGAAGAGAAAAAUAAGAAACAUCAAUUCUAAUUCCAGUAGGAAAUGUCAAUUUGGCGCUCAGCUCUUUGUUGACAAAAAAAUAAUAACAAAUCUGAAACAUGCAACAUUUGGACGUGCAUUGAAAUGUUUACACCGUCAUCCUCAAAUUUCACCCCAAAGCCCCAAAUCACAAACUUUUUGUGGGAAGUGUACUUCUAUAAAGAAGGAGAAGAAGAAGAAUCACCUUGAUUGUCAUGAACAUGCAUGCAUGCGCGCCAAAUGUGUUCUCUGCAUUUUAGCCACCACAGUGAACACACACACUUGUUAGUGGAACCGACACACCGGAGCAGGGGGCGGCUGAAGAACACUGAGGCAGGCCAAUUAAAUGGAAGAACAGGAAGUACGCGUGAUGGACGUUUUCUUCUCACGUCGCGCGGCAAACUUGUUCCUUCCGCGCCAUUCCCAACGUCCAAACAUCGUAAAGCGAGGACCCCCCCCCCCCCCCGUGUGUUGGAAAGAAAACGAGUCACCUGGAGGUUCACGUACAGUUCUCUCGUUGUAUUAUGUCACUGAGAUUGUAGCUUGCUUAACCAAUAUUUGAUAGAUUUUUGUCAUACAUCAUUUACAUUGAGUCUAAUGUAUUUGUCUUUUUUUUUUUUUUUAAUUAAUUUGGGUUGUGCAGUCACAUUAUACUGCUUUUUUUUUGUAUUUAUUUAUUUUGCACUGGUUGCUUAAUGGUUCUUCGGGUUGGACCAAUCAGAUCAUCUUGCGAUAAAAGACAAACAUUGAUUAAAAAAAGCUCGACUUUCCAAAUUGAUGAAAAUAUUUCUGGUUGCAGGAAAUUAUUGAGGAUUUUUUUUUUUUUUUUUUUUUGUAUUCGAUGUUGGACACCCACUAACUACAGUGGGUCACUUUUUGUUUUGUUUCACCACUUAGCUAUUUUGGUCAACCACAUUGAACUCAAAUACUCAAAUUGAAGGCAACAGAUUGUCAUUUGCCGGAAGUUUCUCGGACCGCAAGUAGCAACUUGGUAAUACUUCCAAUAUUAGUAAUCCCGGGUUUGCAAUCAAAAAUGGGGGAUUCAACCCGUAAGUGUUCUUUCGAGGGACACGAUACUAUCAAGGACCGCCUCUUUUGUCUUCAGGUUUGAAAUGCAAGUGCCGGGGUUUUUUUCUUUAUUUUAUAUUUUUGACUUUAGAGGUGAGAAGAAUGUGGUUCAAAAGUUCCAGAGUUUAUAUUUUAUACAAAAGCUUUAUUUCAGCACUGAGUUUGAUACAGCACGCGCAAUGUUGAUUUGAGUUCCCAGUUUCAUCACCUACGUACGUAUACAAACAAUGGACAAUUGGCCGUUUGUUACGACACAGCCCAUUGCGUCGGUUUCCAUCCCACUCGAGUGUCUUUGUUGCUUUGUUUUAAAAAGGGAAAAGGCGGCCGAGCGGGGCGAUGGUGUUGAAUGUAUUGAGUGUUUUCUAAUGGUAAAUUUGUACCCGUCAAGUGCUCGUUUUAGGUUGUACUCUCACCGGAAUGUUUCAAAAGGAGGAGGGAAUAUGGACACACGAUUUAUUUUGGGAGCCUUCUGUUGUUUUUGAUGAGCUGUCAAAUCCAGGAGCAGUUUGGUUUAUUUUUGAAGAAAUGACCUUUCUAUAAAUGCUCUCUCAAUACACAUAAGAAGAAUAAAUGCUUUCCCUUCAUACGGUGCUUUUCCCCCCCCCCCACUCUUUAUUCAUGUGUAACUGGCGCUCCCCACAAAAAGUCUCGAAUGCUUUUGUGAGCCUUCAAGUUGAGUCCAUGCAGGUUUCCUCACAAAAUAUUCUCCCGUUUGCGAACGUCUGGAAAGGCCCGCGGCUGCGCACUUGCCUGGCCGCAGCCGAGACUUUUGCGUUGGCCAGAUGACGACUCACGAUGAUCUCGCGAGGUCGUUAUCGCGAAUCCAACUCGCCGCAAGAGGAUUGACCCGCCGCGUCGCUGGAAGGGCAUAACGCGGAUGGCGUGUCCUGCCGAGAACUCGAGUGGGAUGCGGGACAACAAGCCGCCAUCUUGGCUACCAUUAGCACGACUGUAAACUGCUUUGCCAAAUUAGUUAAUGUGAACCGAACCGUUUAUUUCCCUAAAGUCGAUGCAAAUCACAGUCGGCAUCAUUUUCAAGUCAUCAAGUGUAAUUUCCAUAUUUUUCAACAAACAAAAUAAAACCCUUCCAAACUC